AUGUCGGGGGAACUUUCUCCCUCGUUCUUGAACUUGGAGGGCCUCCAUGUCUUCAUCACUGGUGCUGCUGGGGGCAUUGGACAACGAGCCGUUCAGGAAUUCCUAGACCAAGGAUGCAAGGUAACAGCAUAUGACCUCCGCCCAUUCGAGAUCCCAGACACCAUUGGCGAGAGUUAUGCCCGACUCAACGUCCAGCGCGGUGACAUCUCCGACGAAGAAUCCAUCAGAUCCGGCAUCGCACUCGCUGUCAAGCGAUUCGGGCCCAUCAACAUCCUCAUUGCCAACGCCGGCAUCACUGAUGAAAGUCACGAUUAUCCCAUCUGGGAGCUCCCGCUGGAAACGUGGGAGAAGACGUACAGCGUCAACGUCCGCGGCACGUUCCUCACCAUCAAACACUUCUUGCACGCGGCGCGGACCGCACAACAGACUCUGGGCAAGGAGCUGGAUAAUCUGGCCAUCGUCGUGACGGGAAGCGAGACGGGGGUCUUCGGGCAGGAGGGCCAUGCCGAGUACGCGUCCGGCAAAGCUGGUCUCCAGUAUGGAUUGGUGAAGAGUGUGAAGAACGAGAUCGUCCGUCUCAAUAGCAGAGCGAGAAUCAACGCCGUUGCGCCGGGAUGGGUGGACACACCCAUGAUCGAAGGCAGACUGGAUGAUCCAAAGGAACUCUGGGGCGAAGCCCAAGCAACCGUUCCCCUCAAGAAGAUCGCAAAACCAGAAGACGUCGCACGUACCAUGGCGUUUCUGGCAUCGCACCGCGCAGCAGGCCAUAUCACGGGCCAAUGCCUCAGCGUCGACGGAGGCAUGGAAGGCCGCCUCCUCUGGAAGGAGAGCAAUCCAUCAAACCCGAACCGGAGCCCGGAGACAACAAGCCUGGCCCCAAACCAAUCCAUCCCGCGCCACCUAUCACCACCCAAACGCAACAAGAUCCGCGUCGCGGUAUCCAUUGACCUGGACGCCGUCUCCGGCUGGCUAGGAACAGGCCACCACCCGGACAACAUCCUCGCCGACUACUCCGCCGGCUUCUUCGCCGCCAAAGUCGGCGUCCCGCGGCUGCUCCGCAUGCUCACGAAACUCAACAUCGCAGACCGCUGCACCUGGUUCAUCCCGGGCCACUCAGCCGAGAGCUUCCCGGACGAGGCUGCGCAGGUCGUCGCCUCAGGCGCCGAGAUCGGGCUGCACGGAUACGCGCACGAAGGCGCCUAUCAGAUGACCGUGCAGCAGGAGCGCGACGUCCUGGUCAAGUGCAUAGACAUCGCGACAAAGCUCACAGGCAAGAAACCCGCCGGCUACCGCGCGCCCCUCUACCAGCUCCGCGAGUCCACGCUGGAUCUGCUCGAGGAAUUCGGAUUCGAAUACGAUGCAUCGCUAACAGACCACGACUGCCACCCCUUUUUCGCCCCGCGCCGUCCCCCGCUCCAACCCGUCGACUUCUCCCAGCCCGCCUCCACCUGGAUGCACCCGAUCCCAGCCAGCGACGCCAGCGCAAACGCAGACCGCCGCCCGCUGGUCUGCGUCCCCUGCAACUGGUACAUGGAGGACAUGACCCCGAUGCAGUUCCUCCCGCACACGCCCAACUCGCACGGGUACACGGACGUGCGCGUCAUCGAGAACCUAUGGCGGGAUCGGUUCCUGUGGAUCCGCGAGAAUGAGGUCGAGCCCAUCUUCCCUGUGCUGAUGCAUCCUGAUACGAGUGGCAUGGCGCAUGUGAUUGGGAUGGUGGAGCGGUUGCUGAAAUGGGUGCAGGGGUGGGGGGAUGAGGUUGAAUUUUGUCAGACAGGGGAGAUUGCGAGGUGGUUUCGGGAGAAGGAGAUGAAGAAGGCAACUUAG